CCUCCUUCCUCACGCCCGACCUAUCUGAUCGCGCUCUCUCUCAUCAUGGCUCCGGCAGCGGACAGGCCGGGCUACUGGGGAACACCGACCUCAACUCUCGACUGGUGUGAAGAGAAUUAUAUGGUAUCGUAUUACAUCGCUGAAUUCUGGAACACAGUCAGUAACCUGAUAAUGAUCCUCCCUCCUAUUUAUGGAGCCAUUCAGACGUGUAGAGAUGGCUUGGAAAUACGCUAUGUGUGGUCAUUUUUAGGACUUGCUGCUGUUGGCAUUGGUUCAUGGAGUUUUCACAUGACACUACAGUAUGAAAUGCAGCUACUGGAUGAGCUGCCGAUGAUCUAUAGCUGUUGCGUCUUUGUCUACUGUCUAUACGAAUGCUUCAAGCAAGAGCGUGCAGUUAACUAUUUCUCAAUAACACUUUUGCUGGCCUUCAGUAUUAUUGUUAGUGUGAUUUACCUCUUGUGGAAAGAGCCCGUCUUUCAUCAGGUCAUGUAUGCCAUACUAGUGGCUUUCUUGGUGAUUCGAUCAAUUUUCAUAGUUACAUGGGUCUAUCCAUGGCUCAGAGGGCUCUGUUUCACAUCUUUAAGUGUCUUUCUGUUGGGAUUUCUAUUAUGGAACAUUGAUAAUAUCUUUUGUGACUCUCUCAGAGCUUCACGGCAACAGCUGCCCCCUAUAAUUGGGGCAGUUACACAGCUUCAUGCCUGGUGGCACAUCCUAACUGGACUGGGGUCAUAUUUACACAUACUUCUCAGCCUUCAGAUUCGGUCAACCUACCUCAAGCACAGACCAAAAGUGAAGUUUUUAUGUGGCAUUUGGCCCAUGCUGCACGUUGAAUCUCAGAAGGCGAGUUGAAAGGGAAAAGAGAGGAGGAAGAUGGACAAAUCACAGACCUCAUGCAGAAAGAGGUCCAGCCAAUGAACUUCAGUGGCAACAGGAAGUUACCAGCGGCUGUUGGUUUGGUUCCCCCAUUCCCUCGUUCCCCUUCCAGCGCCAUUUGCCAAGUAUAUUUGUGAGAAAGCUGCCAAAUGAAGGAAAGUUUAUUACUAUUGUUAUUAUUGUUAUUAUAGAUUAAGUGAGCGGUUUGUAGUGGUCUUGCACAAUGCAACAAUUAGAUAAUUGUCCUAUAAAUCUGAGGGUCUAAUUAGUAGGAAUGAAGCCAAAAAUUGUGGCCAACAAUAGAAUUUGGACCCAGCUGGUAAAUUUUUGGAAUAAAUUAUGUGAGAGCAUUAUGGUUUAGAUACAUUUUUGAUGGUUAGUUUAACAACUUUACCACAUCAAAUAUUUUACAUAUAAAAUAGCACUACUGUAGGCUACAUGAACUGAAUGUGUCAACACUAAAAUGGUGAGAUUAUACUUCAUUAUAUGUAUACUUCAGAUUACAACCGAUUUAAAGGGAGUUAAUGUAUUUGGACAAGAGUGUGAUCCUUGUUUUUCCUCAUUUCAUCCUGGAAAACCACCAGAACAUUUGGCCAUGUGAUACAUGAGGUAAUGUUAAUGACAUAUGGUAAUUUUAUUGCAUGUUUUCUGAGAUACCGUGUGUUUUAUGUCCUGUUUUCCUCUAUAACAUUUAGUAGCAUGUUACAUACAGUAAGUGUCCAUGUUACAUAAAUUACACAUUAAUAUAAUUAAUUACAGCAGGGUUAAUUAACAGUAGUCACAAACAACUCCACAAUCUAAAGUUCGUCUUGUUCAUAAAUUACUUCUCAGUAAUUGCAUUGUAAUUACAUUGUAAUAUGAACACCAUGGUUAAGUGUGACCCUUAUGUCAUCAUGUCAUCAAUAUGCAAUGGUAUUAUUUUUGUUUAUUUUACAGUGUGGGAAAAUGGUUGAGAUUAUGAAGAAAGUGUUAACGGGAAUAUGUUUUUGUAAUUUUAUGAAGGAGAUAUCAUGUGUGCAAAUUAACUGAGCUGCUGAGGUAGCAAGAUUCUCAAAUGUUUUAAUUGGUGUUGCUUGGUUAAGAAUAAAUUCAUUUAAUUAAAUUAAACUUGUUAUUAUGAGUAAGAGAAUGUUUAAUAAUCUAGAGAUCAAUUUUACACUCCUCUCCUCUUUGGUUUGAUGUAGCAGUGUUCAAAUAUUGACUACUUGAACUGCCACUGUGCAAACUGUCAGAAAAAGGGACAGUGUCAUGGUUUUGAAUGAAGUUGUAUAUUAACAUUGAUUUGCCAUUUGUUUUUAUGUACAGUAUUGUGCCACAUUCCUAUGGUUCAAUGAGAACACAGUUAUCUCUAUUUGUAGCAAGCGAGCGAGAUGUGAGGUACACAAUUUCUGUUCAAGAUUUCUGUCAGGUAACAAGAAAGAUAAUGAGUCAAAUGCAGGGCUGGGAUAAUAAAUAAAAGAAGAAUGCAAAAAAACGGAAAUACAAAAACCCACAAGCAAAACCACCCAAACAGGAAACAAGACUGAAUACGUUGAGACAGGUAAUAUCAGAAUAUAAUUCAGCAAAUUAACAUAGUAAACAAGGCAGGAAUGGGGAAACUACAUAAGGGGUAAUGGGGAACAGGUGGGGACCAUAAACAAAUGAGGACUACAAAGGGGUGUGGCCAGGAAGCAAACUUGCAGGCAGGGUAAAGAAACACAUGGCACAUAAUCUAACCAAACAAAACCAGAAUGCAAGCAUGCACAGACAGAAAGGCAAAAACAGGACUAAAAACAGACAGAACCCUGACAGAUUUCUAUAUGAAUUUCUGUUCUAGUUAAAGUGCUGCUGCUAGUUUGGAGUGGGGGGCUUGUACCACUGAGGGUGCCUUAUAUUAAACGGAUGUUUAUUCCAUAUUGUCUGGAUGUUUAUUAUAUCAAAUGAUGAAUUUGUGUAAAGUACACAAUGCAUCCCAUAUACCUAACUAAUAUGCAAAAUAAUGAGGUCAGCUUAAACUUCUUGCUAAGAGUUCAAACAGCAAACAUGCCACUGCCAAUGCAAUUUCUAUGCCUAAAUCCAAUGAUGCUGUUCUUUCUGCAGAAAUAGUUUGAAUAUAUAUAUAUAUAUAUAUAUAUAUAUAUAUAUAUAUAUAUGGAAUACAAUACCUAUGUCCUGUAAUGGCUAUGUAAUGAUUUACUGUAUGUGUGUUUUGUGAAAAUUUUUAUUU